UUAAGAAGUUUUGAAUCACAAGAUGGACUUCUCUGAAAAAUAAAUGGCGGGAUUAUUCAUUAUUUAUACAAUUUUAAAACUAAGCUAAUAAGAAAGAAGGAGUGUAAUUUGUUGAAUAAGAAAAAUACAUGUUCAGUAGGGCACAUUGGAUUUAAAAUCAGAGUAUUAGUCGUCUUGAGGUUUUUGAAAGUUUCGAAUUAUGUGCCACUGGGAAAAGUUCCUAUUUUCGAUUUUGGUUCCAGCUGUCAAGAUCAGUGAAUAGUGAUAUUAAUUAAUUAAAACAGUGUUCCAUUUAAAAUGAAUGGAUACUGUUGUCAAAAUGGGCAUCAGUCAUUUGGGCUAAACUUCUCUAUGGAAGCAACAGGAUAUAAGGUGUUCAAUGACUCUGUGCACGGACACAUCACUCUACACCCCCUACUGGUCAAGGUGGUGGACACCCCCCAGUUCCAGCGUCUGCGCAACAUCAAGCAGCUUGGCUUCGCUAACUACGUGUUCCCUGGAGCCAACAACUGCCGCUAUGAACACUCUCUUGGGACAUGUUACCUCGCAGGAAAGAUGGUGGAGAAGCUUUUGUCACGUGAGUCAGGACCACGCUCUAAUGAGGAUAAGUUUAAGAUGACUCUUUGUGUGCAGUUGGCAGCUCUGUGUCAUGACUUAGGCCACGGCCCUUUCUCUCAUACCUGGGAGAGAAUCACGGAGACAUGGGGUUAUGACUGGAAGCAUGAAUCAGCCUCGAUCCAAAUGUUUGAUUAUUUGGUAAAAGAAAACAAUUUACAUGAAGAAUUCAGGAAAUACAACUUAGGGGAAGAAGAAAUAAAAAUUAUCAAGGAGUUGAUCAUUGGUGGACCAGAUGAAAAUAAAAAGCCUUUGUUGGCCAAUAAAGACAACUUCUUCUACGAAAUAGUUUCCAACAAGAAUACAGGAAUCGAUGUGGACAGAUGGGACUAUUUCUUGCGGGACGGACUUCAUUUGAAUCUGCGCAUUACCUUUGACUAUCGGCGACUGUUGGAGUUCAGCACGAUACUCUAUGAUGAUGAUGGCCUGACACACAUCAACUUCCGAGACAAGGAGAUGCUCAACUUGUAUGACAUGUAUCGCGUGAGGUCUGCGCUGCACUACGCCGCGUAUCGUCACAAGGUGGUGAUCAACAUCGAACAGAUGUGUAUUGAUGCCUUCAAGGCAGCUGGUGAUGCUGGUUAUAAAAUCAACAAUUCUGAAACAUUGUUGAAGGAAGCUCAUCUGGCACCCGAGUCCUUCAGUACACUCACAGAUCAUGUUUUCUAUGAUAUCCUCUACUCCAGAGAUGAAAGACUCUCAGCAGCGCAACAACUUUUACAGCGAGUCCUUAAGAGAGAUCUCUACAAAUUUGUUGGAAGUAUCAACUUUCCCAUCGCAAAACGUCUUUCAAAGAAGGAGCAGAAGGAAUGCAUUGAAAAAGAAAAAUUCAAGGUGUUAAGCAAACUGGAAAACGACUGUAAGGGAUCAAAAUUUUCUGUGGAGGAUUUCUACUUAUAUUUGGAUUCUACAAGUGAUCCAGUGGCAAAUGUGAAAUUUUACAAGAAAACUGGAGAAGAAACUAUAGAGAAAGAAACCUUUGAAAAUAUCAAGAAUCGCCUUGCUCCAUUUCCGUUCCAACUAUCAGAGGACAGAACUGCGCAGUUGUUAGUGUUUUGUAAAAAUCAAGAUGUGAAGAAAAAUCAGCUCGAAAAAGCUGAAAACUUCGUCAAGCAGUAUAAAACUCAGUGCAUUGUUUAACUUAAGUUACCAUAACCAGUCACCAUAUCUAUUAUUAUAAUUAUAUGAUAAUUUUAUUAGCAUUUUGUUAAAGCUUGUGUUGGACAUUUUAAAGAAUUUGUGUUUUAACUUUAAAAGUUUAUCUUAUGUUCUGUACUGUAUUAUCUGUGGUUUAUUUUUUUAUUAUUUUUGAAAUUAAAUAUUAUUUUCAGAAUUAAGUUAAGUAUUUAUAUUAUGGAAUCUGCUGUUAAGCAAGAAAAUAAUUAGCUUAGUAUAUUUAUUCUUAUUAAUACUUGAAUCAGAUUUUAAACAUGAAGUACUUAUAAUGGAGUCACUAUUUGAAUUUAUUUUAGUACACUCUCAGAAGGUGCUUAUUGUAUACAUAAGAGAACAAUUUUCAUCACCACCUGUGCUCAUUAUGAUAACCCUCUGAGUACCACCGUGCCAAUGUUCUGGUACAAUAUUAGCAGUACUUUACAGUAUCAUCACAGUUACAAGGCAUUACUAUGGCACUAUGAGGGUUUAAAUAAUAAUUUUCAAUACUAGUCAUUCUUUUGUGAUAAAGAAAUAAAUAAAGAACAUUGUAGCAAAUACUUUUAUUGUAAGGAGAGUCCAAUCCUCAAUCACUUUAAUUAUUUUCAAUAGUAUUUAAUACUUUAAUUUUAAGUAUUCUUUGAUUGUAGUAAUUCAAAAUGUGUUUCAGUAUGUUGAAGUCUGUAAUGUGAAGUUGAAUUACAGCUCAGCAUUAUAGAAUAUGUGAUUGGCCUAAUUGUAACAUUUUCGUAAAUCCAGUGAAAAAAUUGCAUUUUCAUCACUCUGUCACCAACGUUUACUACAAAAAUUUCAAAAAAAUUCAAGUCUUCUAGUUUUUCUGCUCAGUUUUAGUGUGUAUGUUACAGUAUAUUAUGUUUAUAUAAAUAAAUAUAAUGUCCCAUCCAUGUUAUGAGCAAUAGUGUAUUUGCCCAUAUUUACUUUUAUAAAUUGAAUAACUAACUUUGUAUGUAUGUUUGCAUAUUGUAAGUUAACUACUAAUUAUUUUAAUUCUGUUGGGAAGUACUUUUACAGGGUUAAAGCACUAUGAUUGUUGUUGUAAAUUUCAGGGUGUGGAAAAUACAGGUUUCUGUUUUUAGCAUGAGUACAAAUGUCUGUAGUACUUAACAGUUCUUAUUUAUUGUAUUUACUUUUACUAUUGUAGUUUUUAUGAGCUCUAAUCGUAAUAAAAUAAUAAAACAUUCUUCAAUGUA